AUGGGAACGACCGAAGCUCGAAGUCUUCUUCUUCAACCAGUCAGGAGAAUCAGGCUUCAGCAUUCGAUUUCGAACCUAGAACUUCUUCUCUUCACCGCUUCUGCGCUUCAGCCUUUAGGCUUCAGACUUCAGUUCGGUAGUUCAGCAGCUUCGGCUCAGUCAACAAUCAUCACUCAGCAGACAGCAGAUCAUUUUAUUUUCAAUGGUCACCUGGGUUUCAAAAUUUACUCUUGCUGGAUUGAAGCUCAAUUUGAUUUUCCUGUUUAUCAAGCAAAUAUGGAAACUGAUAGGAGAAGCAACACACCUUCAGAUGCUACCAGAGAAAGUGUAGAAAGAGUUCGACCUUCACAUGGGAGGACAAGUGGCCCCACAAGGCGUUCCACAAAGGGACAAUGGACUCUGGAAGAGGAUGAGAUACUGCGAAUUGCUGUUCAACGUUUGAAAGGGAAAAACUGGAAAAAGAUAGCGGAGUGUUUCAAGAAUCGAACCGAUGUACAAUGCUUACACAGAUGGCAGAAAGUUCUUAAUCCAGAACUUGUCAAAGGUCCAUGGUCGAAAGAGGAGGAUGAAAUAAUAAUUGAUUUGGUGAAAAAAUUUGGGCCGAAAAAGUGGUCUUCCAUUGCUCAGCAUCUUCCUGGACGUAUUGGAAAGCAGUGUCGGGAAAGGUGGCACAAUCAUCUUAAUCCUGGGAUAAACAAAGAAGCUUGGACACAAGAAGAGGAAUUGGCUUUGAUUCGUGCCCAUCAAAUAUAUGGAAACAAGUGGGCAGAGUUAACAAAAUUCUUGCCUGGAAGGUCCGACAAUGCAAUAAAAAAUCACUGGAACAGUUCUGUCAAAAAGAAAUUGGACAUGUUUUUGGCGUCAGGCUUACUUUCACAGUUCCAAGGUCCACCUCUUGUCAGCCAUCCUGAUCAAUCAACGGCAUCUUCUUCUUCGAAGGUGCAACAGAGUAGUGGAGAUGAUAGUGCUCUCAAAGAUGGAGUAGAAGGGGAGGAAGUUUCUGAAUGCAGUCAGGGUCCAGAUGGUGGUUUUUCUCAAUCUUCUAUUGACAUGGUCAACACAGUUGUACAGAAUAGAGGGGUGUGCAGAGUGACUGAAGAAUUGAGUCAUGAAAUAGAUCCAAGCUCCAGGCUAGCGCCAUGUUCUGAGGAUUAUCGACCAACUUUCCAAGAGACUACAUUUUCCAUGCCCGAAGUUCCUUGCGAACUGGGUGGCUCUACGAAAUUUCUUGAACAUGAUUUCUCUCUAGAUUGGGGGACUCUUACAGGAAGAGAUUGGCAGCUUAAUCCAAAUGAGUUACCGGAUAUAUCUUUGUCGGAUCUGGCUCAAGAAUCAUCAGGACUAUUCAUGCAAGCUUUAAUUGGCGACAAUAAUCAUGAAACAGUAACUUGUAUGGGCUCGAGUUCUUCUACCUCCAUGGGAAAUAUGGUUGUGAGUUAUGAUACACCUAAUCCAAUAGUUAAUUCAGAUUGCAGAAAGAUGUACCCCGAGCCUGGGCAUGAUGGAUGUUGUCCCUCUGAGAUUGUUAUUAAUCGUAUUAAUGGGCCUACAGAUUCAUUACAUUACCAGUCUUCAAAUUUUCAGAUCCCUGAAAAUGAAACUUUCGCUUUGCAAUCAUGCUGUUCUAUGAGGUCUGAUAUGAUGGGAACGUCAUCUAGUCUACCUUCCCCAGUUCCUCCCAACGAUGGUCCACUAGUUUUUCUUAUGGAUUCAAAUCAGUUCAAUGAUUCCUCACAAGGAAAUGCGGAGCGGGAAUCUGUUCCAAGUAUGCACAAUGGCUUUGUUUAUGCUAACGAGUCUGGCUGUUUUCCUUGUGAUGAUGGAUCUGAUGGCACGAGUGUGAAAGAGCAACAAGAAGAGGCGAAAGAUAUGCCAAAAUUAGUUCCUGUUAAUGAUUUUAGUUCAUCAAUAUCAGAUGACAUUCAAAGUGGUCCUUCCAUGGAUAAAGAUCCGGUUGUAACAGAUGAACACAGGGAUUCAGGAGUUCUUUUCUAUGAGCCUCCUCGUUUUCCAAGUUUAGAUAUUCCAUUCUUCUGCUGUGAUCUUAUACAAUCUGGUGCUGAUAUGCAGCAAGAGUACAGUCCACUUGGCAUCCGCCAGCUGAUGAAAUCUUCCAUGACUCCAUUCAAGUUGUGGGACUCACCAUCCAGGGAUAAUAGUCCAGAUGCUGUUCUGAAAAGUGCUGCCAAAACUUUUACAGGGACGCCAUCUAUACUGAAGAAAAGACACCGUGAUUUUGUGUCUCCUUUGUCAGAAAAGCGAAAUGAAAAGAAGCUUGAAAGUGAUUUGAAGCAGGAGUCAUUUUCCAACUCGACCAGUAACUUUUCUCGAUUGGGGGUUAUGUUUGAUGAGUGUGUAGACCAGAAAGGAUCAAUAAUGGUAUCAUCACCAGAAGACAAAAGGAACUGUAAAGCCUCUUGUGUAGACAGGGAAAAAUUGAAUCCUACCUUUGUAAAGGGGAAACAAGAUGCCAAUGGAAGCAUGUCUAUUUCAGAAAGUGGAAUGAUAGAGAAACCGUUCAACAGCAGCGAGGCUUUGACAAAGGUAAAAGAACCGAAUGCUAUUACAGAUGUCAAUAUUAAGGCUGGAGGCACUGAUGCAGCGGAAACCGUAAAAGAGCUAAAUGGAAUCCUUGUCGAGCAUGAUAUGAACGACUUGCUAUUCUUCUCUCCUGAUCGUUUUGGAAUUAGGAGUGACAGAGCAAUUGGUUUAAGUGCUAAGGCUCUUGGAAAUAAGUUUUCUAAAAGACUAGAUGCUGAUUCAAAACAUGUAGCUACUUUAUCUUCGCCAGAGAUUUCCUGUUUGUCAGUUUUUUGCUCUCCUCGGAUGUGUGCCAAAAAGGAUGGGACUAAAUUGGCACUAACUUCAUCUCUACAACCUUCAAAUUAUUUGGCGAGUAAGGAUGAAAGUUCUAGCAAAGGUGUACAUAUUGAUAACAAAAGCACAUUUGAAGGCACACCUUUCAAAAUAAAUAUUGAAUCUCCUUCUGCUUGGAAAUCCCCUUGGUUCGCUAAUUCUUUUUUACCAGGCCCCGGUGUAGAUACAGAUAUAACAAUUGAGGACAUUGGCUAUUUUAUGAGCCCGGGGGACCAAGGUUAUGAUGCCAUUGGGUUAAUGAAGCAGUUAGGUGAGCAGACUGCAUCUGCACUUGCAGAUGCCAAAGAAAUUUUGGGAGAUGAAACUCCUGAGACUAUAAUGAAGGGAAAGUGCUUUACAAACCGGGAAGCAGAUAAAGAGAACAUUGGCAGUCCAGCACACCGUUCUCUCUCGACUUCAAAUGUUCUGACGGAGAGGCGAAUACUUGAUUUUAGCGAAUGUGGGACACCCAAAAAGGAAACUGGAAACUUCUCAAGCAACAUUAGUUUUUCCAGCCCCUCUUCCUAUCUGUUGAAGAGUUGCAGGUAG